CAACUCCGUAAUGACUUUCGUCUUCCUUUAUUCAUAUCUGCCCUCCUAUAUUCAUUGAGGUGAUAGAGAUAUUCGAAUCUUAUUCCGAAAACAUGGCUGCGAAUCACCCUAUCCAUAUACAUCCAGCACGACCUCUCUAUCGCUUUACAGCCACGGCUUUGGGCGCCAGCAUGUGGUUUUUUCUAAUGUACCGAGCUAAAAAGGACGGUCCUGCUUUACUGGGUUGGAAGCAUCCUUGGGAACAUUGAAUACUCCAAAUAAAUCCAAUUACAGAAACAAGCACACUGUGUUUCAACUUUGUUCUAAGCUACUACGAUUAGUGAAUCAACUUAGCCAUGGUAAUUUGGUGAUAUCUUUAUUUAAACAGGCCCGCACAUGAAAUCUACCUGUUACCUGAACAAU